AAGAUCAAGAACCUAUACCUCACAAUCAAGAGGCGAGCACAAAGAAAUCAAAUUGGUUUAUACUAGCUCGUAAAAACGAUAUUGGAUAUUGGAUGAAGAUAUUAGAUAUUGAAUGCAUUCCGUUCUGCUCAAGGCCGACCUUCCAACUGUUCCCGUUAUUCUUUUUAAGGUAAAUAUGUGAGUAGUUAUCGGUUCAGAUUGUUCCGCAACUUUCCACUUACUUUUCAAGUGAACUAGGUUUUUAACUUUUAUUUGAAAACAGUGAAACCACUGUUCAGGUUCUUAGGGCAAUUUUGAUACAUUCCGUUCGUAUGUUUCCUACAGUUGCGUUCAGUAAUAGUAUAGAUACUUUUAUCACUCUAGUGCAUAAAAAUGAAAGUUUCAUUAAGAUACUUUGGGCAUUAUAUAUGCUCACAGCCAUGCUGUGCCUGAACAACUGAUUGCAAUACUGGACAGUCUUUCUUUCUCUAAUUAUAAUUAGGGAAGAUACGGAGUCCCACGCUCACUAUAAUGUUGAAUUAAACCUCAAUAAUUCUGAACUAACUCUAACAUUCUCUAGUGAGUAAAUUCUGAAUCUGUUCUGAAAUGGUUUGUUUAAGCCCGCAGAUGUAUGUAUUUGUUUACUUAACAGCGUCGUUUUAGCCCUCACAGGCCACAUUUAGCACUGACUAGCAUAAUUUUAGGAAAAAAGACAAUUCAGCACGUAGUGGCAAUAUUUUAAGCUUUUUUCAGCCCUGAAUGCAUUAUUUCAGCUGCAAAUCCUAUUAUUAAGGUUUCAUGGCAUUAAUUAAACGUCAUGUGCUCUUUUUAAGAUUUAUUGGCGUUAUUUAAGUUCGUAGUGGAUUCAUUUCAAGUAGAUGAAUUAUUCAUUACCACAAAAAAGCUUUUUCGACGCUUAGGUUAGAAUUAUUGUGAGCUUUGGGUGUGCUGAAGUAAUGCAGUCGAUGGUGAAAAGCAGCGGUUUGCUCCAAAUUAGUGCAGGUGAAGAAGCGCUUGAUGCACAAAUUACAGAGAUUAUAAUAGUAGGUUUUUGAUUUGUGCUGGAAGUGCGGGAAAAUUUCUUCGCAUAAUUGAGUGUCAGCCAGUGCUGAAACAAUGCGUGAUGCGGAAAAACAGCAUUGUAUGAGGAAUCAUGUCAUUUAGGUAUUCUUACAGCACUCACCGUGUAAAAAGACGGUAUUUCAGUGUUAACUACCAUUAUCUCUGCAUUAUUUUAAUUUUAAGUUGUCACAGAAAUACUCAAACGCGUGGGGGCCGAAAAAUAUCAAACUAAACUUUCAUUGUAAAAUAGUAAAAAUAAUGAAUUCACUCCACAUUGUGACUUGAGAUACUGACGACACAACUUCCCUCUCCACCUUCUUGCUUUCCACAUUUGCCAAUCAUCUGUGGCUCGUAUCUGAUCUGUACGUCCACAUUCAGAUCCUUUAUUUCAAUCUCCUUUUCUCUCCUCUAGUACCCUUAGGCUGUUGUCUUACUCAUAAGUGGAGUGAGCAACUGCAUUAAAAAAAGGGACUGCUUCAUAAUUGCAAUUCUGUACGUCUGUAUUUGCGUAUUUUGGGACAAACCUAACUCACAUGUCUGUAUUUUAUGUGUAUAUCAAUUUGUGUGGACUGAAUUCCUUUCUACAUACAUACAUGUAUGUAUUUGUUUGGUCCUUUUUUUCGCAUGUAAAUGAACUUAGCCGUUUAGUCCAUAAGAAACAUUCUUACAAAAGUGUUUUGUAAAGAGGAGUCUCGCAAGACAUUGAUUUAUCUACACAAGUAUAGGUGCGCAGGUGGAUUAGAUCAAUAAUUUCUCUUAAAUUCUCCUACAGCAUUGAACUGUAGAACAUGGUAGAGACUUGUAAGUUCACAUAUAAUUAUUUCAAAAGAUAUGGCAAAUUUGUAUUUUCCAGUGAAAAAGUGACGGUGAUGCUCUUAUUUACUUAUCCUAAUAGGCGCAUUAGUAAUGCCAAACCAAAAUUUACUUAGUCAUGCCAUAUAUAGGGUAACAUGAUAACAGUUGUUGGGGAAGUAACUGUGAAGUCCCAUUAAAUGUCUCUUUUUUAUUCCACUGAGCAAUAUAAACUUUUGCCCCCAUAUGUUUCUCAAAAAUGUGAAAUGCUUACACAGUAUGUGAAACAAUGAGUGGAGAUUAUGAUUUCCUUAAAGUGGAAAUGUUUUAAAUAGAUUAAGUAGAUGGACCUUUUGAUUAAUUAUUAUACCUAUCAUUUUAUUAUUUGUUCCGAGUGGAACAUGGGGCUUCAGAGUCAAGCGUCCAUUGCUGUUUGUUUGAGGUUUAUUUGACUUUUUUUCGAGGUAACUGGAGAAAGUAAUAAAGUGCCAGGAAUGCCAGGUUAAAAGUGUGAUACCGAUUAUCUUAAUCAAGCGAUUUGCAUUCAGGUAAUCAUAAGGUGAGAUGGUCUUACUGUUAUCCAAAAUACAAAGCUUCACCAGUCCAUGAAGCAACAAAGGUCAAGGAAGAAUCUCUAAAAAGUGGGAAUAUGACGAAACUCACAGAAACAUGCUACAGGACGGCAUCUAAAAUUACAAAAACGUGCGUGCAUUCCCUCUACCCUAACUACUUUUUAGCCAUAUUUUCGGUUUGGUUUUACAGUCGACAAUUUAAGGUCGAACACUCUUAUAGAAUUCAAACCAACAAUAAGUUCUUGAAAUGAUUUAAUAUACACGGUAUUCGCACUCACAUAGCUGCGUAAGAUCCUCGUAAAAAUUGCUAUCUGACAUGGAGUCGUUAAACAAAUUCCGAUAUUACGGCGUCUACUUAAUUUUGCUAAAGAUGCAAUUGUAAAAUGACUCUACUUCACCCCAAUCGUAAAGGCUACUUAUCUGUAAAGAAUUAAGUUGGUUGAUUUAAGUUAUGUGGAAGUAAUAGAUCAUUUAGGCUAUACCUAAAAGUGUCCUUUCAAAUGUAAGAUGACGCUUUAGUGUUGGUGUAAUUUCACUCUUGAUUUGACACUGAAGUCUAAAGUGAAGAAUUCCCAGCAUGUAUAAAAACGUCCGGACUGGUAAUGACAAUAUUUUUGGCUGCCUAUUAUGUGCCUUAUAUGAUGAGAAGCAUAAAGUGAAGUCAGUAGGUUGAGACUAGGCGUAGAGUGUUAAAUAAAGGUCGUAGUUAUCAUUGGUUUUAGUAAGUACGUUUUAAUAGUUGUAAAUAUUCCGUUUCUUUCAAGCUGAAACAGCAUUUCAAUUUUCGGUCAUACCAUAUCUGCAAAAUUUAUUAUGGUGGAUGGCUUAUCUGGCAAAUCAGUUAUCACUGUUAAUGCAGAACUGUUGGAAAGAAUACUGACGGAAAAGCAUACUUUAGCAGUUACUUCUUCCGCUGACAUAUAUCUUGGAUUUUGGAAUGACAGGAGAGUUAUCGUGAAACGUUUCCAUGAAAAUUGUUUGCAUUUGGCACGGAAAGAAUUAUCACUUAUCGGACAGAUUGAACAUGAAAAUAUCAUAAAGUUGUUGGCUGCUGGACCUGCAUUACCACAGAGUUGUUCUUUUCUAGUUCUUGAAUAUGCUGAGUAUCAGUCAUUACAGAAGGUGCUGUAUGACUUUCCUGAAGUUGAUUACAAUCUGCUGCAUGUUUUGAUUUGGAUUUUACAAAUUAGUCGGGCUUCAGACUACUUGCAUCGUCUAUGUUCCCCUCCAAUUGUACAUGCAGAUAUUAAGCCAUCAAAUAUUCUAGGCUUUGAUAAAUUGCGUUGUGUUAAAUUGGCUGAUUUCGCAUCGUCUAGAACUGUACAAUAUAAUGAACCCUCCGUAUACGGGACCUUAUGUUACAUGGCUCCGGAAUUAUGGACAGUCCGAACAGGGGAAGAUGUACCAUAUUCGGGGAAAUCAGACGUUUAUAGUUUAAUGAUCACAUUUUGGGAAUUCUUAGCUCGUCAGCCACCCUAUGAAGUUCUUAAAAGGCGAGAUGUAUCAGAUAAAUUUUGGUCUUCUAUUACUGAACGACCACCUCUGCUAGAUGGAUGUCCUGAAUUAAUAAACAGCAUUCUUCAAAGGUUUGGUGUGAUCCUCACACACAUCUGUUAAUCUAGACCAAUUUUAUUUGUAAAGCAUAUCUAUUGAAAAGUGAAAGCUUCACAACUGUCAAACAAUUAGGCAUGCUUUUAUCAAGGACAUUCAUGAGAGCUACAUGAAUAGUGUUGUGGUGAGAGCAGGCUGCUAGCCAAUUGGUAGACGUUAAUUUACGUCAAUGUCUAGGUCACUAAUAUUGGCCGUGAGAAAAUAUGAACAAGGCUGAUUCAACAACCAAUCACAGCAGACAUGGGCACGUGGGCAAAUAAGAUUCGCAAAUAUAUGGCUUAACUUUCCGAGAAACCAGAAACAACCAAUCAGAAGACUGUGUUUGUCUGCUUGAACAAGCUAUUAUAAUGUACAUGAAAUAUAUAUAUAAAUACGUGCUGAUUUCCGUAAUAAAAGGAUCUGUUGCCGGCCCUUGUCUUCUGUUGUUACAGUGUGACUUUUGAAGGUUUCAUAUAAGCACGUGGUUGGUCUGUAGAUCCUGGAU